AUGCUUGGCAUUAGAGGUACAUUAGAGAAGUGCAAAGAUAGAACAAGUGAAUCUGACCUGAAGAAGCACAUGAAGAAACAUCGGCAGGGGAAGUACUACCGCUGUGACAUAUGCAAAUUCCAAACCGUACAGUUAAAGAAGCUCAUCCAGCACCGGAGAAUGCACACGGGAGAGAAGCCUCACCUCUGCCCAUUCUGCCCGUAUCGUGCUGCACGGCGAGAUAACUUGCGGUCGCACGUAAGACGCAUGCACAAGAGAGAAAACAUGUACGGUGACACUUUUACGCCCAGGCCCCUCCUACUGGCUGAGGCAGACAUCCGGGAACACCUGCCCAACCAAGUAGACCACCAGCAGGUCCCCGGCACUCCUCUCCCAGGCCCAGCGCAGCCGCACCCCCCACCACAGGCUCCCUUAUAAUCCGUGUGGGGAUAGCUCUAGGUUGAAGGGCAGAGCUAUUUAUCCUAAUUCUUAUGAAAGGCUCUUAAUACUGUAUCCUGUGUCUUAUUUAUUGUCAUGUUCUCUCUCAGUGUACCAAACCAGUGUGCCAUUAUGUGUUUUAAGGGUCACCUGGAUGAAUGAUGGCUUUGAUUAGGGUCAAUGGGUGAUCCACUCCCACAGGAAAAUGAACACAGGAUGAGGUCAUGAAGGUAUUCAAAGAUCUUUUUUUUUUUUUUUUUUUUUUCUGUUUUUGGUAGAGAGGCACUUCCCUUAUUAUUAAUCUGCAGUCAACUGUAUGAGGAAAAGAUUCUUUUGUCUCCCACUUUCAAAAAGUUAGACUUGUGUGAGUCUGAGAUAAGAUAGUGAUCUGGACAUUAGUUUGCUUGUGGACUAAAAAGAAAAAUCUUAAAAAAAGGUUUUAUUUGGUUUGAAUAUAUAGAGAAUAUUAUAUUGAGUUGAUAGUUAUCAAAAUUAUUAAAGAUAGUUUAUUUCUUUUAUUUUAUUUGAUAUUGGCUCCUAGAGUCCUUGGUACCGGUGGUUUUCGGUAAUUAAUAAUCAUUUGCCUUUGAAAAAGCUAAUGAAUAAUUAGAAAAUAUCUAUUUGGAAAGUCAGCAUUCGUCUAUAACGGAUUGUUUCUCAAAAUUGUGUAAGGUGGUUUUCAUUGUUGUAUAAGCUUACUAAAAAUGAUGGUUUGGCUUUAGUGCAGAGCAUUUAUUUCCAAGAUUGAGCUGCUGGGGCAUUUUAGAUGAGUGUGUUUGCAGAAUUGUAGGUGUUACAAUGGUAGCAGAGAGAUAUUGUGUUCAUAAGCAGUUCCUCUUGGUAUAGUGCAAAGACUUUGAUUAUUAAAUGUUUCAAAUUUCAGCCACACUUUUAGACCUUAUGUGUAUAGUGUGUGGAGUCAUGAUUAAUUGUUGAAGGAAACCUAAGGAAGAUUGGUUCUUGGUUAGUCACAUCAAAGUUAGAGAAGGAGAAAAGAAAAAUCAAGACUCUCCCCGACCACCAUCCUCACCCACGAAAGUCUAUGGACAUUUGGUAGGGAAUUUGUUUAGUGUGUGGUUUAGUGUCUCUGAUGGGCUUGCUGCAGCAUGUGUAAGUGGUACUCUAGUGAAGGUGUUCCAGUAUUGGGUGUGUAAAAUGAGAAACUAGGUGCACAUAUAUGCAUUAAGUAUAUACUGUGACUUGUACCGUAAGUGUAGACAAAUCACCUUAUGCAAGCAUUAAUAAUGAGAGAGAAAAAAAAAUAAGAGUGCAAAUCUCAAAAAACAAGCUUUUUGCUUCAAAUGUUAUAUAUAUUGUUAUGUAGAUUUGUUAUUAUUAUUAUUUUUUUCUUUUUUUGUCCACAUUGCAUUUUGAGAGGUGAAAAUAAAAACAAGUGCAAGAAAGAAACUCUGCCAUGAAAUUUGUUGGUGUGAAACUAGUAAAUCCAAAUUGGAAGUAGUAGUUCUCCUAUAUGGGAGAAAUGCGUCUAAAAUGAUAGAAAGGUAUCAUCCUGUUAAGAACCAUAAGAACUUGACCAGGCGAUAAUAAGGAAAAGCAAAAAAAUUACCUAAAAAAAAAAGUGUUGUGUAUAUAUAUCAUUAACAAAUUUCUUCUUCAUAUAUACAGUAAAUCUUAGCCAGAGAGAAAUUGGUCGUUUGCUAACAUGGAUUGUUAUCUUUUUGCUGCUCAAUAUGUAAGUGCAUGACCUUAAAAUAAGUACAUGUUUUAAAGAUAGGUACUCUGCUGUGUAAGGAAGGGUGCAGGAGGAAACAGGCUGUGGCCAAGUGAAUUGUUACCCACAUACCCUUGUGUAGAGGAUAUGCCCCUUUUUGCCUUUCAUUUUAUUUAUUUCAUUGUGUUUCGAUGAACAUUAUUUGCAAUGUUUGUGUGGCCCUCCUCAUUCCCCCUUUGGGCAACUGAGAGGGUUGCGAAGGAGCAAACUUCGGCUAAUCGCGUCUUCAGCUGCUAGGUCAGAAAUGUAAUAGAAGAAAGUUCUACAUUGUUUAUAGCUUUCCAGAGCUAUGCAAAAGGAAGGCUAAGUAUUUAUUAUUAUUAUUAUUAUUAUUAUUAUUAUUAUUAUUAUUAUUAUUAUUAUUAUUAUUAUUAUUAUUAUU